GUGAAGGAAAAUAGGCCAGAAAAAAACGGAGAAAAUGAGCGUAGCAGCAGCAAUUGGAGUGAUCUCACCGUUCCCCUUCUACUACUGGCUAUGGAAUCAUCCGCAAACAUGGGUGGACCUUUGUGGGAAAGGGCGGGACCCAUCGAAAGUGAUGGCCACGUUUUCUCAUUUCCUUAAGCUCAUUCAAUUACUCUCUCUCUUCUCGGUUUCUUCCUUCUUUUGGCCUCCACCUCUCUACUUUUGGCCUCUUAUUGCCUUUGGCCAAUUCCUAAACUUCAGGGUGUACCAAUUGCUAGGUGAAUCCGGGACUUACUAUGGAGUGCGGUUUGGGAAGAACAUUCCAUGGGUGACAGAAUUCCCAUUCGGGUUUAUAAAAGAUCCUCAGUACAUAGGAAGCAUCACGAGUUUAUUGGCUUGCCUAUCUUGGGUGCCUUUUCAAUACAUUCUCUUGUGGAUUCUGGGCUAUGUCUUCAUGAUACGUCUAGAAGCAAAGGAAGAUCCUGCUACUAGCGCCAAGCCGCUCUCUUGAUUCGUGUCUGCGGCUUGGAUUCGGUUUUCAUCCAUUACUCUUACGAAGGACGAACUAAGAAGAAAUUCUUCUAUGUUCCAAGUGACACUAGAUUUUUUUCAGUGUCUAGUUCAUUUGUGUUGUCGUUGUUGUUAGUACUAUGACAUUAGAGAUUUAAAUGCACUAAUUGCUGGUUUCUUUUGAGACGGUAUUUUUGUUUCCUUUGUUUCUUUAUUAGAUUAUGGCUUUAGCUUCUUUGAAAACUUGUAUGAGAAGACGGCCAAAAAACUGGCUUGAAGACUAG